AUGAGUGCUUUAACAUGCAAACUAAAGUACUUAACUUGCCAAAAAGAGUUUGAAACUAAUUGUGGGUUUUCACAACAUAAUAACACUAUCCACAAAUUAAAUAAACUAUCAGUAGAGCAAAAAAAAAUACCUGUUUUAAUAAUCGUCAGUAUUAAAGGUGAUAUUGUAUAUUCUAUUCAUCGACGGUUGGGUAAAAAUUCAAAAAAUACUGGUCUUCAAGCAGUUUCUCUUACCUGUCCAGAAAGUAUAUUUCAAGUUAUCUUUGAGGGCUAUAUUCAUUGUUACAACAAACAAACAGGUGUUUCUAGAUGUAUAUUUCGUGGUUCUACCGGAUAUCAAGAAUUGUCUAAUAUUCUUAAUGAUGCUAAUUGGGGAGUUAAAUACUAUUCACAAGGUCAAAAAACCUAUGUUCAAUUAACACCACAUGUUAUAUCUCAAGAUCAACAUCCAUUAAUUAGAUGUGUGAAAGAAGCAGCAGCAAUUGCCACAGUUAAAAAUUCUAAAACAA